UGACAAAUGUGAAGGCCAAGGUGGUAAGAAAGGAGCAGUGGAGUGCUGUCCCAAUUGCUGAGGUACUGGAAUGCAAAUAAGAAUUCAUCAGAUAGGACCUGGAAUGGUUCAGCAAAUUCAGUCUGUCUGCAUGGAGUUCCAGGGCCAUGGGGAGCGGAUCAGUCCUAAAGAUAGAUGUAAAAGCUGCAAUGGAAGGAAGAUAGUUCAAGAGAAGAAAAUUCUAGAAGUUCAUAUUGACAAAGGCAUGAAAGAUGGCCAGAAGAUAACAUCCCAUGGUGAAGGAGACCAAGAACCAGGACUGGAGCCAGGAGAUAUUAUCAUCAUUUUAGAUCAGAAGAAUCAUGCUGUUUUUACACGACGAGGAGAAGACCUUUUCAUGUGUAUGGACAUACAGCUGGUUGAGGCAUUGUGUGGCUUCCAAAACCCAAUAUCUACUCUUGACAACCGAACCAUAGUCAUCACUUCUCAUCCAGGUCAGAUUGUCAAGCAUGGAGAUAUCAAGUGUGUGCUAAAUGAAGGCAUGCCAAUUUAUCAUAGACCAUAUGAAAAGGGUCGCCUAAUCAUUGAAUUUAAGGUAAACUUUCCUGAGAAUGGCUUUCUCUCCCCGGAUAAACUCUCUUUGCUGGAAAAACUCCUUCCUGAGAGGAAGGAAGUAGAAGAGACUGAUGAAAUGGACCAGGUAGAACUAGUGGACUUUGAUCCAAAUCAGGAAAGACAGUGCCAUUACAAAUGGAGACGCAUAUGAGGAUGAUGAACAUCAUCCUCGGGGUGGUGUUCAGUGUCAGACCUCCUAAUGGGGCCAGUGAAUAACACUCACUGCUGGCAUUUUAUUUGCAGUAGUGAUUGAGUGAAAGACUAUAAUCAUAAUAU